AUGUAUUCCAUAUUCUUUCUGUCAAUUAUCCAUCUGAGUGUGUUCGACGGGGCAUCCUGUCAGGAUAAUCCUGAGACCCUCAUCAUUCUCACUCUGUCGCCGGUACAACAAAAAGAGCCAACGAGAGAAAUAGGUGUAUAUUUCUACUGCCCUGGAUGCGCUUCUAGCGAGACUUUAACAGUAUAUGAUCAGAAUCAACAAACUUUUGAAAGCACCAUCACUGAUGUCAGUGGAUUCAUGAAGACCGGUCUUCAGGCAUCGCCGGAAACGUUCCCUAACUUCACCGCGCAGAUCCUGCGAGAUGGAAAACAGAUAUACUCUACUCGUGGUAUAGAUCGAGCCAACUGGAUGCAUGAUAAUAAAUCGUUACUGAAACACCUCUCCUUACCUCAACUUGUGAUACCAGGGACGCAUCAAUCGGGUGCCUACGAACGUCCGGAUAACUUAGGCAUAUGGAACCUCUGUCAGGAUCUGUCGAUAGAAGAACAAUUAGACUUAGGCAUACGUUACCUCGACAUCCAGCCAUCAUGCGAGAGAGUCAAAAACCAAUGUAAAUCCUUCUACGUCGAGUACUCCUUAUUGAAGAUGAUGUCCAUGGGUGAAGUCUUCUCCGAGAUGAAGGCAUUCCUGAACCGGACUAACGAAAUAGUGAUACUUUCGUUCAGUGACUUCUCGAGCGAGUUCCAGAGUGAUGAAGAUCACGGGAGAUUUAUGAAGUACAUCAAGAAGGAGUUAGGAGACUAUCUGUAUCCACUCAAUACCACUUCUCGCGGUUGGUCCACUUCUUUAAAAAAAAUUUGGUCAGCAGAAAAAAGAGUUGUCGUCUCGUAUAAUUACCGAGGGCCAGUAGAUCCAGUCUUCGGAACUGGAGUUGAGCAGUCGUGGUGCUAUUGUAAGAGAUCAGAUGAUCUGCACGUCUUCUUUGCUGAUCCGCAGAAACGGGAGGAGUGGGCGAGCAGAACAUCACCAAGCGUAGAUGUAGUUCAAUUGACUCCUGAUUGGGAGAUGAUUGUGCCUCAAGAUUCUAUGGAAUCCGAUUCUCCAUUCAAUUUUAAAGCAUGGACCGAUGAAUUUUCACCGAAAGUUUGUGAAUGGUACCACGAAGAGUGGAAUAUAUCCUCCAAUGUUAUUGUAGUUGACUUUUUUGAGGCGACUGGUAUUGUUGAUCUUGCUGUUUACUGGAAUCUGAAGAGGGGCAAAAAGCAUCAAUCUUUAGUUAAUAAGAAUUAAUAU